UGGUUGGGAGAGGCAGGUACUAACUGCCAGUUGUAUACCUUUUGGGACUUCGGUUCCAGCUGUAUACCUUUUGGGACUUCGGUUCCAACCAGAGGUGUGGAGAGGUAGUUCCGAGCAUUCCUCUCAGGAAUACUCCCCGGCUCCAACCCGAGUUGGGAGAGGUAGGUCCGAGCAUUCCUUCCUUUCAGGACUUGGGUUCGGACCAGAGUUACGCGAGGCAGUUAGUGAGUAUCAGCCCACCACCGAGUACUCCUUCGAGGACUUCGGUUCAGACCAGAGUUAGGAGAGGUGGUUACUAUAUACCAGACCUCCGAGUAUUCCUUUUGGGACUUUGGUUCCUGCCAGAGUGUUGGGAAAGGCAGUAAGUAAGUAGGUACCAGCCCUCCGAGUAUUCCUUGCGGGACUUCCGUUCCGCGCUCGAGUAGUCGCAUGAAGCUGUGCUGUGUGUACAAUGCAGACCAGAUUCCAUGCAUUCUAGGAAAUUUAUUGAUGUGCAUAUCUUUUGGCCUGUCCGGUGUGGCCGCAGAGCAUGUAUUAUGUGUCUGCUUUGCUCUGUCUGGCGGCAUCCGCAUUGUCGUCACACAUUUGUGCUAAAUUGCAGUGGAUCUGCAUCCAGUGUGGCAUGACCACAAGUCUUCGUUUCAUUUUUCCCCUUUUAUGUUUGGUUUGCCGGUUUCAGAUCACCGUGCACAGUGGAUUCUCAAUUCAGAAUGAUUUUAUUCUACUGGAUUCGAACUUGGGUAUGUCAACAGUUCCUGGGUGUACCAACUGGGCGAGGCCCCGUCGGUCAGGCGAUCUCAAUAGUGGAUCUUAAUUUCACCACUCUCAAUAGUGGAUCUCAAUUUCACCACUAGAUUCACCGGUGCAAAUGAUUCUUAGUGCAAGCUCAUAACACCCCUGUUGAAGAGAACAGGGUCAGAUGGGCUUUUUGGACUUGCAGUCCUUGAUUGACUCGCGGCAUGAACCGCUGUGUGUUCGAAGGCAGGCCAGGAACAGAAACCAGAGAGAUUCUGGAUUUGAGUUGAUAGAGAAGCUCGAGGCGUGUAGCUCGAGUGCAGACAGCCUGCUAGGGGCAAGGGCCCCUGUUAUCGAGGAUCAUCGAUUCAGUCCUGAUUGACUCGGCACGAGCUGCUGGUUCGAACGCAGGCCAGGAACAGAAACCAGGGAGAUGUUGGAUUUGAGUUGAUAGAGAGGCUCUAGGUGUGUAGCUCGAGUGCAGACAGCCUGCUAGGGGCAAGGGCCUAUCCGUCCACCUGUUAUCGAGGAUUGUCGAGGGUUCUGAUGGGGUGGAGUUGUGUUGGAUGGAGGGAACUUGUGUCAUUAAUAUUAGUAGCGGAAAAGGGGCAGAGGAGCAGUGUUUACAGAGUGAAUUCGUCUCUCUGUUGUUUUUUCUGACUCUGGUGGUUUGGGAUGACAUUGCAGCACGAGUUGGCUUGCUGGCCUGCAACAGCAUGAGUGGGCAUAUCUGUUGAGCGGAGUCCAAGCAAUAGUGCAGAAUAUCGUAGUGGAUUUUAUGCGUACAGAGCAAUAAUAAUAAGUUUGGAGUGUAAUAAGCGUUUAAUUGGCUGCAGACAUACUUUUUUUUUCUUUUCUUAACUAUCUAAUAAUAAUAAUAAUUUGAUACUAUCGAUAGUCAGAUAAGGGUUGGAGGGGGGUUACUGAGGCCCUGUGAUCCUGUCCAUGGACGGAGCCCAAACUGCUGGAAGAAGGAAGCGGGAUGCCAGUGAGCCUGCUAAAGUAUGGUUGUUGACGGCGUGGAAACAGCAGGGUUGGGGCUGCUGGACGAAGGCAGCUGCAUGGCAGGGAGGCUGCUGCGGUAUGGUUGUUGACGGUGGGGAAACAGCAGGGUUAAGGCUGCUGGAAGAACCAAGCUGGAUGCCAACAGCAUUGUUAAGACUGCUGGAAGAAGGAAGCGGGAUGCCAGNCGGUGGGGAAACAGCAGGGUUAAGGCUGCUGGAAGAACCAAGCUGGAUGCCAACAGCAUUGUUAAGACUGCUGGAAGAAGGAAGCGGGAUGCCAGGGAGGCUGGUAUAGUAUGGUUGUUGGCGGUGUGGAAACAGCAGGUUUGGGGCUGCUGGAAGAACCAAGCUGCAUGGCAGGGAGGCUGCUGCAGUAUGCUGGUUGUCGAUGGUGUGGAAACAGCAGGGUUAAACCACCAGUACACAGCCCCAGCCUUGCAGAAAGAAACGCGUCGCCACCGCACCGUAGCACGGGAACGUGCGGGCCAGGGCUACCAUGGAUCAAUUCAAUCGGCGGCCUCCGAAGCGUUGCCGGCCUCGGAAAGGAGCCUGUGGCCGAUGUAUGGGUGUAUCGGUGGUUUUAGGGCGCUGGAAGAAUCAAGCUGGAUGGCAGGGAGGCUGCUGUUGUAUGGUUGUUGAUGGUGCAGAAAACAGCAGGGUUAAGGCUGCUGGAAGAAGCAAGCUGGAUGCCAACGAUGAGGGUUUGUUAUCGUGGCGUGCCCUUCACUUUUAUCCUCCUCCUCCGCCUCCUCCCGACCCUGACCUACAUUGCCAAUGGCGCUGUGGUGUCCUUUAUGGGCUCAUAGGUUCAUGUGUUGUGUUAAAAAAAAACACGAUGGUUUCCUUAUGGUAGUGGGGAAAUCCUUUAUGGCUGAGGGUAGAUCGUGAAUGUGGGAGUAUGGUGUUUGGAAGCCGUUAUGCGGAAUUGCAGGUCAGGAGCAGCUGCCAGGGGAGGGAAUAGUUGCUCUUUCAGAGGAGAGUGCACAGCAAAUUCUUCAUUGUGUUGCCACGCCCCUCUUUGAGCACUCUCCUCUGUCAGAAGUGAAAAGUUCAGUCGGCAACUGCAUCGUCUGUCAUGAUCCUGUGACGUAUGUCGGGAGCAAGAAUGGCAAGGGAAAAAAAAAAAAAAAAAAAAAAAGGAGUGCAGUGCAACGUGAUUGGAUUGGAUGCCCAUCCCGGCAGGUUGUCAGCCCUUGGUGCCAGUCCGGAGGGAGUGCUUAGUGUGGGCUAUGGGGCCAGCGAGGAUGGAGAAAGGGAAACUAGAUCCAGCGACUUUGUAUGAUUAAGCUCAGAGAAGCCUACUGACAGACGAUGGGAGCCUCCGAUCAUCGCCUUGGUUCUGUUAAGUCUGUUCAAGGGACCCUCUUGCAGUCGCUUCCCCACGGGGCUUCCCCACGGGGCUUCCCCACGGGGCUUCCCCACGGGCUGCGAUAGUUUCACUUCAUUCUCUAGUUGGCGAUAUGCGUGGGCACAUCUAUUGAGGGGACCCUUAGGGUGAAAUGCAGGGUUUCUUGUCAGAGGCAAUUACGUUGAGCUUCUUGCCUGCAGGCCACUGCAGGCUGUUUCAGCGACCCUUUUUCGCAGUGAAACCUCUGUGUGGCUGUCUUCAAAGGGGUAAUGGGCCCGGAGAAACGAACAACCAUUUCUUUCUGGUCGUUUGCAUGUGUUGUAUUAAUCCCGCCCUUUUCAGUUUGUCCUUGGCGCUCUAUUUUCCUGAUUGUUUUGCAAUGAACAUUCAUUCGUUCC